GCCAGUUUUUGCUGGACCUCAUCAUUGGCUAUAAAAGGUGGGGGGCUACCUUGGUCCGACGGGGGGCUCACUGGUGGGGCUGUUUCCACCUCCAUAUCCAAGGGCGGUGCUUGCUGCUGCAUUGGUGAUGGAGGCUCCGGUGGGGGGGCCGAGGUGUCCAUGUCCUGUGGCUUCUGCCAUUCCUCAUACCAGCCUGGGAGGACAAUAUACGAGUGCAAGUGUUGCAGGAUGCAUUGUUGUGGUGCCUGUCUGUCUCGGUACUGCUGAUGGUGGUAUUGCGCCAACUGCGCUUGUAGCAGGAGAUGGGGGUGCUCGUCACACUCUCUCCUUUGCAGGCUGUGUUGUCGUUGUUGUUGCUGAGUCUGCACUUGGGUUUGGUGCAGGAGCUGAAUCUGUUGUUGCAGCAACUGUUCCUGUUGUUGAGUUUGCGCGAACUGGAACUGUUGAUGUUGUUGGAGCAGCAAUUGUUGUUGCAGCUGCUCUUGCUGCUGGUGAUAGUGUGAUUGGGAUUGUUGUUGCAGCUGUAUGUGGUCUUCGGUCUGGGGCAGUUGUAAAUGUUGUUGGUGGUGGAGGAUCGGUUGGUGAUGUAGAUCCUCUUGCUGUUGGAUUUGGAGCGUCUGGUCUUGUGGUUGGCGCCUCUAUUGUGUCUGCAUCAUGUGUUGGUGUUGGUGUUGGGCCUGCUGGAGUUCGAGGCUUUGUUGAUGCUCCUGUUGCACUUUUGCUGGGAGUUGCCCCUCGUCCUUAUCUCUGCCCUAACACUGGAAAUGAUCCUGCUGAAUUAGCAUCCUGUUUGUUUUCUCGGGUUGAGGUGGCACAUGUCGGACACCAUGGUGGUAUGGCAACUGCUAGUGGUUGGUGUACUCCUGGUUCUGCUGUUGGCUGUUCAGCCGAGGCGGCUGUUGGUGCUUUUCAGCUUGUAGUGGCAGCACCUCCUGUUGCUGCGACUGCUGUCGCGGUCCGUGGUUCUCCUCUUCUGUCUCCCCCUCACCUCGUGCCAUGGGUUGCUAAUGGAGCAGUGAUUUGGCCUGUGCUAGCACUCGGUUGUGAGGUUGAUCUUGAAGGGACGCUUGGUCCAUUUGCUGUUGCUGGCUCUGGUAGUCCCAUUCGAUCAGAGCUUUGUAAUUGCUAUUGCCCCCCUGUGGCGUAGCGGUGUGAGGGGAGGGGAGUAGCAGGAACUUCCAUUCCCCGGUGAGGUCAGCGACCACUUCUCUGAGUCUCUGUUAGGUUUGUGAUCAGAGACCGGGUCGCAGUGUUUGCUAUUGCCCCCCUGUAGUGUAGUGGUCAGCAGGGAGGGGAGUAGCUGGAACUUCCGUUCCCCGGUGAGGUCCGAGACCACUUCUCUGAGUCUUGUAUUAGACGUG